AUGCUGUCCCGCAGGGCACCUGAAACUCAGUGGAGAGGCCAGGGUGGGAUCCCAUUAGGGCAUUUCCAGCCUGGGGGCGGGAGGGGGGGGAGCGGAGGGGCUCNGAACGCCAGCGAGGUGGCGGCGCUGCGCAUGCGCGUGGGCCGCCACGAGGAGCUGCUGCGCGAACUUCAGCGGCUGGCGGCGGCCGACGGCGCCGUGGCGGGAGAGGUGCGCGCGCUGCGCAAAGAGAGCCGCGGCUUGAGCGCGCGCCUGGGCCAGUUGCGCGCGCAGCUGCAGCACGAGGCGGGGCCGGGGGCGGUGCCAGGGCCGGGGGCGGUGCCAGGCCCAGGGGCGGAGCCCGCUGCGGUGCUGGCGCUGCUGGGGGAACGCGUGCUCAACGUGUCAGCGGAGGCGCAGCGCGCCGCCGCCCGCUUCCACCAGCUGGAUGUCAAGUUCCGGGAGCUGGCGCAGCUGGUCACCCAGCAGAGUGGCCUCAUCGCCCGCCUGGAGCGCCUGUGCCCGGGGGGCACCGGCGGGCAGCAGCAGGUCCUGCCACCACCCCUGGUGCCUGUGGUUCCUGUCAGUCUGGUGGGUGGCAUUAAUGACACCAGCAGGAGGCUACACCCAGCUCCAGAGCCCCAGAGAGACCAGACCCUGAGACAGCAGGGGCCCUUGGCCUCUCCCCUGCCCGCAGGGCACUCUGCUGUCCCCACCAAGCCAACAGGUCCAUGGCAGGAUUGUGCAGAGGCCCACCAGGCAGGCCAUGGGCAGAGCGGCGUGUAUGAGCUGCGACUGGGCCGGCACGUAGUGUCAGUGUGGUGUGAGCAGCAGCUGGAGGGUGGAGGCUGGACUGUGAUCCAGAGGCGGCAAGAUGGCUCUGUUAACUUCUUCACCACCUGGCAGCACUACAAGGUGGGCUUUGGGCAGCCUGAUGGGGAAUACUGGCUGGGCCUGGAACCUGUGCAUCAGCUGACCAGCCGUGGGGACCAUGAGUUACUGGUGCUCCUGGAGGACUGGGGAGGGCGUGGGGCACGUGCCCAUUAUGAUGGUUUCUCUUUGGAGCCUGAGAGCGACCACUAUCGCCUUCGGCUUGGCCAGUACCAUGGAGAUGCUGGAGACUCUCUUUCCUGGCACAAUGACAAGCCUUUCAGCACCGUGGAUAGGGACCGAGACUCCUAUUCUGGUAACUGUGCCCUGUACCAGCGGGGAGGCUGGUGGUACCAUGCCUGUGCCCACUCGAACCUCAAUGGCGUGUGGCACCACGGUGGCCAUUACCGCAGCCGUUACCAAGAUGGUGUCUACUGGGCUGAGUUUCGUGGCGGGGCUUACUCUCUCAAGAAGGCUGCCAUGCUGAUCCGGCCCCUGAGGCUGUGACCGUCUGUCCAUCUGUCCCCCAGGUCCCAGGGGAUGUUUGUCAGCAGGAGCCCAAGUUGUCC